GACAUACCUGGAGGAAGAGCUGACUAAGGCCCGUGAGAAACCAAAGCUGCGUAAGGACAUGUACAAGAAAAUGAUUGAAGUGGAUCCUCUUGCUCCCACAGCUGAAGAGAAUGCCCAGCAUGCUGUUACCAAACCCCGAUACAUGCAGUGGAGGGAAACCAUCAGCUCUAGUGCAAACCUGGGCUUCAGGAUUGAAGGGAUUAAGAAGGCGGAUGGAACAUGUAACACAAACUUCAAAACUACGAAGACACAGGAGCAAGUUCUACAGGUUUUUGUGGAAUUCAUUGAGGGCAACACAACUAUUCUGAAAAAAUACCUCGAGCGUCUGCAGGAAAUUCAUAUCAUUCUUGAAUCCUCAGACUUCUUCAAGCGACAUGAGGUCGUUGGAAGUUCACUACUUUUUGUACAUGAUGGCAGUGGGAAUGCCAAUGUGUGGCUGAUUGAUUUUGGAAAGACCACCCUUCUCCCUGAUGGACAGACAUUGGAUCACAGGAUGCCCUGGCAAGAAGGCAACAGGGAGGAUGGGUACUUGUUGGGGUUGGACAAUUUGAUUGGCAUCUUGGAAAGCAUCACUGAAAGAUGAGUUGAGAAUGGCACAAAACUUGCAGGGCUUCUCUGUAACUUUCUGCUCUACUGGGAUUGCUCGGUCAGAAGGAAACCUUUAACUCCCUCCAAACUCCUGAGGUCAUCUGUGCAGAGGGAGCUGCAUCCAGAACCCAGCAGUUAGUGAUCAAAAUGACUUUGCAUCGGCCCUCUAUGAACCUAAAUAACUCCAGAUUGGUCUGUAUUGCACCAGUCUAACUUCAGACUGGUCCUCAGAGAACGAAGAUCUCCAUACUCAGGAAUCACACCAGCGUGAGUCAAGAGGUUUGUAUGGUAAAGCAGAAUGGUUCUGAUUUCUGGCAAACAAGUGGGACUCCAGAUCACCUCUUAAUGAACCAGAGCAAGUGCUUGGGGAUUCAGGGUAGGAAUUUUUCAGGGAACUACUUAGUUUUGAAACCAGCAAGAAUGGUUUCCCCGCUCCCCCCGCCCCAGUUCCAAGUCUGCUUGCUCUUGUGUACACUGUAGGUUGGACGAAGAACUUCUGCUUCAUUGUGUUAAAGGGUGCACAAGGUGGAAAUGGGUGAUAAUCACAAGAAACGUGAGCAAAGGGAGACAGCAGUUUGUAGUGGCUGGAUGUGGUAACUGCUAUUGACUAUUCCUCCCCUUCCCUAGCCUCAAUUCACUUCUAUCCGAGAGCAGCCUUUGCUUUUUAUGUAGCCGCUCAGGAGAUUACAAAUACUCUAGGGAGAGAAUAGCAGCCCAUUGUCUCCAAAAGCAUUUGAUUUUCAGACUGGGUGGGCUGUUGGAAAAGUGCCUAGCUCGGCAAGUUUGGCCUUUUGCAGCCGAACUGGAGUUCUGAAAAUCAGUAAUGACUCUUCCACACACAGACCAGGGAACUAAGGGUUUUUUCCAAGGCUGGUUUAUUUUUAAAGAUAAAACCC